AUGGAGUCUCUGGCGUCUCCAGCUCGACCGCCUGCGUCCCGGAUAUCCGGACGGGCCUCCGCGGCGGGCGCCGCCGCCGGGGGAAACGAGGAGCGGCGAGAACGCGACUCUGGGCGAGGCUUCUUCCCGCCCUUUGCGUCUCUCGGGCAGACCCAGGGAGGCAGCCUCGCCGAGGGAGAGCAUGCGCUGGGGAGCAGUUUGGAGCACGGCGACGGCCGAGACCCUGCCCGCAUGCAAGAUGAGAACUUUGCAAACAUCUUCGUCCACUUUCUGCAAACCUUCAAAAAACACGAAGACGAGGAGGAAGACCUCGACGAAGACGCAGGCCGACACGCCCCAAUCCGAGGACGGCUCCAAGAAUCUUUCCAGCUGCUCAUGGAGAAGCUCGCGGCGCAGAUGAACGCACCGCAGUUCUCCUACUUCCUCCAGGUGGUUGGCGCGCAAAAGUACAUCCACGAGAUCAGCAGCAUUCGGUGCAACAUGCUGGGCAGCUUGCUGAGCAUCCGCGGCCAGGUCACGCGCACCACUGACGUGCGUCCAGAGCUCCUCAGGGCGGCCUUCAAAUGCCUCGAGUGCGGAACGAUCGAGCCAGACGUCGAACAGCAGUUCAAAUACACACAACCUCGUCAGUGCCGCGGAGUGAACUGCAACAACACGACCAAUUGGGAGCUCCUGUUUGAGCGCUGCCGCUACGGCGACUGGCAGAAGAUUCGGCUACAAGAGCCAUCGAAUUCGUCGGCCUCGUCCUCCGCUGUGCCGCGGUCUCUGGACAUCAUUGUGAGACACGAUCUCGUCGACUCUGUUUACGCAGGAGACGUCGUCGUUGUGUCAGGCGCCUUGGUGGCACUGCCCGACAUCGCGCCUCUCAUGCGCCCUGGACAACUCGGGAGACGCGACCGGCCGCGGCGCAAUGAGGCGAGCUUGGGCGUGACGCCACUGACAGGCCUCAAGGGUCUGGGAGUGAGGGAAAUGAAUUUCCGGAUUUCCCUCCUCGCUGUCGAUGUUCAAACCGAAGGCGAGACACGGAAAGACUACAUGGAGAACCAAGAAAACCGUGAGUUCUUCCAAGCCUCCGAUUUCCUCAACUCUGGAGCCUUCGAGUGGCUGCGCGAUGUCGCCGAAGAUCCGCAAACCCUCGACCGCCUCGCCAAGUCCGUCGCGCCUCGAGUGUGGGGGAACGACGACAUCAAAAAAGGCAUCCUGCUGCUCAUGACUGGCGGCGUGCCAAAGAGCACGGCGAAUGCGCGUCUCAGGGGAGACAUCAACAUGUGCAUCGUCGGCGACCCUUCGACCAGCAAGAGUCAGUUGCUGACUUGGGUGGAACGGUUUUCGCCUCGCGCGGUCUUCGCCUCUGGCAAAGGGAGCACAGCCGCUGGUUUGACAGCUGCCGUCGUUAGAGACGCCGACCAGGGAGACUUCGUGCUCGAAGCGGGCGCCCUCAUGUACGCCGAUCAAGGUAUCUGCUGCAUCGAUGAGUUUGAUAAGAUGGACGAGAAAGAUCGCGUUGCGAUCCACGAGGCGAUGGAGCAGCAGACGAUAUCGAUUUCGAAGGCAGGAAUCCAGGCGACUUUGAAUGCACGUGCAUCUGUCUUGGCUGCGUGCAACCCUCGGUUCGGGCGAUACGACAAGAGCAAGAGCUUUGCGGCAAAUGUGAAUCUGCCUCCUCCUCUGCUUUCUCGUUUCGAUCUCUUCUUUACCCUCAUCGACGAGGCGGAUGAAGAGCGCGACAGAGCUGUCUUUGACCAUGUGGCAUCUUAUCACUUGACCGACGACGCACGGGAAGAAGCCUUGCAGAGACAGAGGGACGCGCAGAAAGCUGGCCACGACGAUGUCCUCACUGCGGACGAGCUCCGAGUGUACAUCCAGUGCGCUCAAAAACUCAAGCCUCUCAUGACGGAUGAAGCAAAAGCGAAGCUGGCGGAGACGUAUGUGUCUCUUCGCUUGAUGGAUGGCCAGCCUGGCCUGCAACAAAACAUGCGAAUGACUGUGCGUCAGCUCGAGUCUCUCAUUCGUCUGUCGGAGGCUGUUGCUCGGUUGAAGUUCUCGGACUUCGUGGAAAUUUACCACGUGCAAGAGGCCGUGCAGAUCUUUCGUGCUUCUCUACAGCGCAUCGUAUACACACGCGAUGUUGUGCUUUUCGAUGAGUCGGUGGAAGAGGAGAAAGAAGGAAGCAAACGUCAACAUGAAGGCGAACGGAAUGUGGCACUGGGAGAGGAAGCAGAAGCCGAGAAGGAGGUGCCGAAACAAAUCCGCAUUUCUCAGCAAGAAUACAGACGCAUUUCUUCACAAAUUGUCGACUGUGUCAUGCAACUGGGAAGAGAAAAAGAGGAGGCCGGAGAGGCCUUCACAGGAGUCACCAGUUCUGCUGUUAUUGAAUGGUGGCUCGAUGAAAUUCUGAAGUGCGAUGAUGUGAACGAACUCGAAAGCUGGGCACGAAAGCUCCAACUGAUCAUUCGGCGUCUGAUUGAACACGAAGGCUAUCUUGUGGGGGAUCCAGUUCCCGACGGCCCUGCCGACGAGCUUCUUCUCCGCGUCCAUCCCAACGUGCCAGACGACCAGUUAUCUCUUCUUUCUUCGGGAACGAACGACCGCGGCAGGGGCAGCGUGGCAUUUGGCACGUUCGCGUCUUCUUUCGGCUACCGGUCCUUUGACGCGGAGGACACAAGAGAGCAGGGAGAGGAAGAAAUGGAAGAGGAGGGGGAUGCUGAUCUGCCAAGUGUGGAAUUUGAAAAGCUUGAGCAGUAG